CGCAAAGCAGCAGCUUAGCACAGCAGUAAGGUUCGACAUACGGCAGGCCUCGGUCUUUUUACGGCAAUAGUCUGUAGACAUAAACAUUGCUAACGCAGAGUCGUGGAGCGCUUGUUAGUAAAUUCGGCCUGUAACCUCGCAAAAAAUGGUCAUAGCACAUGAAGCAGACCGGACUCUGUUUGUGGGCAACUUGGACUCUCAAGUCACAGAAGAGCUUUUGUUUGAGCUGUUUUUACAGGCUGGGCCUUUGAUCAAAGUAAAAAUCCCGAAGGACAACGACGGGAAUUCGAAACAGUUCGCCUUUGUGAACUUUAAACAUGAAGUUUCUGUCCCUUAUAGCAUGCACCUGCUUAGCGGCAUCCGACUUUACGGAAGGCAGCUUAACUUACAGUACAGAGCAGGCAGCAGUCAUGUUAAUCAGGAGGGAAAAAGCCCUGCGAACUCUCAGAACCCCAGUCCAGCUGACACGCCCACUCACCGUGGUGCUAGGUAUGACAGGACUCCAGAUCAGAUGAGCUCUCCAUCAUACUCUCCUCCUCAGAGCAUGCAGAGGUCUUUCUCUUCACCAGAGAGUCUUCAGAAGCAAGCGAUGAUGAACAACAUGUGGCAGGUGCAGAUGCAGCAGAUGCAGCAGUUGGCCAGUUCGUUUCAGCUUGGCAUGCAGCAGCAUCAGCAACAGUUCAGAGGAAGCUCCAGUAGCCCCUGGCAAAAAGACAGCUGGAGCCAGCGACCCGCCCACCAGCAAGACAGCGGUGGCCACUAUGGCCGAGAGCAGCGGCACGGGAGCAGCGAGCGGCACCGGAGAGACAGCCAGAGAGCUGACUUCUACCAGCACGACGACCGCGGAGGAGGCCGAAACCGAGAUUAUCCGCCUGACAGACGCAGAGAGUCGAGAGGCUGGAGGCGAUACUGAUGCUGAUACUGAUCCAGCGAGGAGGUUUUAUUUUAAAAUACUGUUAAACAAACCAGCAGUUUUGUUUUUAUAUGGUUUUCUUAAAUUACAUUUUUAAAACUCAGUUUUAACCUGAAGUUUUUUUUUUUGUUUUUUUUUUUGUAACAUAUUGUAAAGUAAUUAAAGUUUGGCAAAAGAGAUGAGCAUUUUAACUGGAAUGUAUGAGAAAAUGAUUUAUAAUCAUGUGUGUAUCUUGUAAAACAGAUGAUUAAUUUUUAUGAACUUGGGCUUCAGUCUCAGGGUGCAGCUCCCAGUAUCUGAUGUCUGUAAUUAUUAUUUUAAUACAAAAAAAAAAAAAAUCAGUGGUUUUGUAUGAUUUUUUUUUUUUUUUUUUUUUUUUUUUGAUGACUUCAUUGCUUAUUGAUCAGCCAGAUUUAUUCAAGCAUUUGCCACAUGCUAAUUCAGCUCUGCAUUCAGGUCACAUAGUUCUGGUGACUGGAUGUCAUGACUAUGUGUGUGCUGAAUGCUUUAGUAAAUUAAGGCCAUGAUGUACUUUACCAGCAGGGGAUGUACUUUAGAGCAGCUGUAUGAGAAAUAAACAGUGUGAUUUCUCAGGAGUUUCUAAUGAUCAAAGUUUCUAAUGAUUUCUCUGGUGCUUUUUACAUUUUUUUUUUUUUUUUUGAAAAGGUUUCUAUUGAAAAAAAUAUUCUAACAUGUAUACAGGCUGUAUACCAUGUGCUGUAACUUUCUCCACUGUAAAUACAGCUUCAUUUUUAAGGUA